GUGAACCCGUUUCACAUCUUUAUGUCUCCUCUCCUUGUGUCUGUUCCACGCGCACUCACGCUAGCCUCCCCGCCUCUCUCCCAUCAAUCGAACGGUGCAGGACCUGCUUGCUCGUCCGCCGGUUACCGAAAGGCAGACGAUGAGAUGUCCGGAACCACUUCUCAGGCGGACCCCGUAGACGCCACGGCCAGGACCGUCUACCUCAACCGGCCACAGAUCACCAAGUUCUGUGACAACCAUGUCAGCACGACCAAAUAUGGGAUCCUCACCUUCCUGCCGCGCUUCCUGUACGAGCAGAUCAGGAGGGCAGCCAACGCCUUCUUCCUGUUCAUCGCACUCAUGCAGCAAAUCCCGGACGUGUCCCCUACGGGGCGCUACACCACCCUGGUGCCCCUCAUCUUCAUCCUGACGGUGGCCGGCAUCAAGGAGAUCAUAGAGGACUACAAAAGACACAAAGCAGACAAUACAGUCAACAAGAAAAAGACAACAGUGCAGCAGCGACCAGCAGGUGGCAGCGUGGGGUUUGUGUUUGGUGUUAACCUUCAGCUGCUGGGUGCCACGGCGAUAGAGGACCGCCUGCAGGCCGGCGUCCCCGAGACCAUCAACACGCUCAUGAGGGCCGACAUCAAGAUCUGGGUCCUCACCGGAGACAAGCAGGAGACCGCCAUCAAUAUAGGUUACUCGUGUCGCCUGGUGACCCACGGCAUGUCCCUGAUCAUCGUCAACGAGGACUCACUAGACGUGAGUACUAUACUGGUGUCUCCGCUACAGAAGUCGGAGAUCGUGGACAUGGUGAAGCGCCACGUCAAGGCCAUCACGCUGGCCAUCGGGGACGGUGCCAACGACGUGGGCAUGAUCCAGACGGCACACGUAGGGGUGGGCAUCAGCGGCAACGAGGGCAUGCAGGCCACCAACUCAUCUGACUACUCCAUCGCACAGUUCUCCUACCUUGAGAAGCUCCUGCUUGUUCACGGUGCCUGGAGUUACAACCGCGUCACCAAAUGCAUCCUCUACUGCUUCUACAAGAACGUGGUGCUCUACAUCAUCGAGCUCUGGUUCGCCUUUGUGAACGGCUUCUCUGGCCAGAUCCUGUUUGAGCGCUGGUGCAUUGGGCUCUACAAUGUGAUCUUCACAGCGCUGCCUCCCUUCACUCUGGGUAUAGUGGAUCGCCCCUGUAGUCAGCAGAACAUGCUGCGCUUCCCCCAGCUCUACAGGAUUACCCAGAAUGCCGAGGGCUUCAACACCAAGGUCUUCUGGGGUCACUGCAUCAAUGCCCUCAUCCAUUCCAUCAUCCUCUUCUGGUUUCCCCUCAAAGUGCUGGAACACGACACUCCAUUCCAGAACGGCAACAGUGUGGACUACUUGUUUGUGGGGAACAUUGUCUAUACGUAUGUGGUGGUCACGGUGUGUCUGAAAGCAGGAAUGGAGACAACCGCCUGGACCAAGUUCUCCCACCUGGCUGUGUGGGGCAGUAUGAUCCUCUGGAUGCUUUUCUUCGCCGUCUAUUCCGCCAUCUGGCCCUCCAUCCCCAUCGCCCCGGACAUGCUGGGCCAGGCUGGGCGUGUGCUCCAGUGCUUCAGCUUCUGGUUGGGCCUGAUCCUGGUGCCGUGCGCCUGCCUGCUGAAGGACGUGGCGUGGAACGCUGCGAGGCGCACGGCGAGGAAGUCUCUCCUGGAGGAGGUGCAGGAGCUGGAGGCGCGAGCGGUCGACCCCGGAGCAGCCGUACUCAGAGACGCCAGCGGGAGGAGUCUGAACGAGCGUGCCCACCUGCUGACGCGGGUCUUCAGGAAAACGCCCUCCAGUGUGGGACGCUCAAACUCCGUACAGCAGACCGUGUCACAUGGCUAUGCCUUCUCCCAGGAGGAGCACGGGGUGGUGUCCCAGUCACAGGUGGUUCGUUCCUACGACACCACCCGCCAGCGGCCCAGCGUGUAACCCGGGCAACCAGCCUGGAACCCCGGGCAACCGUAGCACGCUACAGGAGGAGGGCAACAGCCAGCCAAUGAAGAAAGAGACUUUUUGUGACACGCCCCCUCCACCAGGAAGUGGGCGGUGCUGCUGUGGCCUUACCGGAACUCUGUUUAAAAAACAUAAAAACAAACAAAGAAAAAAAAGAUACGAAAAAAGUUUCAAAAGUAAAAAAAAAAAUUAAAAGAGAGGGAAGAAGCAGCAGGUGUAGAAGAGGAGAGUAGUAGCUACAGGCAGCUGAAGCUGUCGUCUAGACGGAGAGAGACGAGACGGGUUUCCUCAAAACACAGACUGGCCAAUCAACAACCAGCGCCACAGAACAGACUGAAAUGGGCCAGCCAAUCAAAUCUCAACGGAACACCAAAAAACAAAACAAAACAAAAAGACAAAAAAAAAACAGAACUGUCAACGAAAGGCUUAUAUACAAAACAAAACAAAACAAAACAAAUCUUGCGUGAUGUCCACUACAUGUCUGCUCUGCUCCUGAUUCCAGAGGAAGUGCAAUAUCUUGUUCCAGUGUAUUGGUCCAUUAGUCUGCAUGUGUGUCCUUUUCUGUAAGUGCAGUGUGUGUGUGUGUAUGCGUGUGUAUAUGAACAUGCCUGUAUGUGUUCCUUAUGUACUCCUGUGUGUAUGCACUGAUUGUGUGUUUGUGUGUGCACACAUGCAGUGGAGUGUUUGUGUACAUAUUUAUUUCACUGUUUGGGUGUGUGUGCGUGCGUGUGUGUGCCUGCCUGCGUGCGUGACUGAAUGUGUGCACAAGGGAAAGAAUGAGGAGAAUAAGGCAAAGAGAGAGGUGAA